GAGUGUGAAUGGUUGUCUGUGUGUCAGCCCUGUGAUGACCUGGCGACUUGUCCAGGGUGUACCCCGCCUUUCGCCCGUAGUCAGCUGGGAUAGGCUCCAGUUUGCCUGCGACCCUGUAGAACAGGAUAAAGCGGCUAGAGAUGAGAUGAGUCUGAACAGAUGAGAUCUUUACACAAUCCAAUAAUCUUUAGGUUGUUUGUUUGCUUUCGUGAUUUCCCCCCCCCCCCAGACCAGAGAGGUCUAUGAAAGUCUAAAAAAGCUUUCCUUUCCUGUACAUCUGGCUUCAGCUAAAUAUUUUACAUCCUGCAUGUGAUUAGCUACAACGGAGGAUCUGCUACAGCGGCCAAGAUGGAAAUCUUUAUAUAUGAGAUAGAACUUGAUGCCAAUGGCGUUGAUGGGGAUGCCUCCACCCGGUAGACUACACACCUUAUUAAGUUGUGAUUUGGGGAUGGACAUUUGACCUCACAGUAAUCUUGACCUGGUGAAAUUACUUGUAUUAGCCUUGGAGAUAUCAUGUUCACAAGGUUUUCAGACAGACAUUUGACCCCACAGUGACCUUGAUCUUAGACCUUUUGAUCUGAAAAUCUAAUCAGUUCAUGUUUGUCCCAAAGCGCACAAAUGGUGAAAGUUUGGUGAAAUUCCUUUCAUUAGCCUUUGAGAUGGCACGUUCACAAGGUUUCGGGAUGCACGGGCAGACGGACAACCCGAAAACAUAAUGCCUCCUGUACCUUAUGGUGGUGGAGGCAUAAAAAUAAACCCACAAGGGUAGUUGAAGUACUGCAAGGAAGAAGUUUAUUUCCAUACACUGUGGGGCCACAAGUUUGGACACCUGAUCAUAUGUGAAUAACCAUAUGUGGUUCUUCCCCAAAUUGCUGCUGCAAAUUGGAAGCACACAAUUGUAUUAUAGAAUGUCUUUAGUCAUUACAAUACAGGCCUGACCUUUUCCAACAUGGCAGUGCUCCUGUGCACAAAAUGAGCUCCAUGAACACAUGGUUUGCCAAUGUUGGAGUGGAAGAACCUGAAUGUCCUGCACAGAGCCCUGACCUCAACACCACUUUGGGAUGAACUGGAACAAGGACUGCUGCACCCCAGCCCUCCUCACCCAACAUCAGUGCCUGAUCUCACUGUUAUUUGGGGCUGAAUUAACACAUCCCCACAGCCAAAAUGCCAUGGAAAGCCUUCCCACAAGCAUGGAGCUUAUUAUAACCGCAAAUGGAAUCUUUUAAAGACACACAUUGGUUUGAUGGUCAGGUGUUCAAAAACUUUUGGCCAUAUAGUGUAUGCUGAUUGUUUUAUAUUUUUCAAGUCUUUGCUUCAACCUGCUCAAGUACUUUGCUGGGUCUGUAUCAAGACCACAGUUGAUGACCUCAUGACACAAGCAAAAUGCUGGACAUCUCGACUGAUGGCAGCGAUAACGGUGUUGCGUCACGUAAGCACUAGUCCUCUGCUAUGGGGCUGGGGGCCCGUCCUCUUCGUCCUGUUGGGCUCGGUGUUGGUCCUGCUGCUGCCUCUGGUGGGUGUGGAAGAGAAUUGCUGCACCAAACUGAAAGGCAUCUCUCUCUUGCGCUGCCAGUUAUGGGGAAACACCUAUCGUGCUGUGGGGCACUCGACCAGCCUCACUGUUCCCUAUACUGCACUUGAGCUCCUUCCUCAAAAGCCCAAGCCCAGUAAAGAGUCACAGUUGGAGGCGAAGGCUGCUCUCCAGCAGGCCCUGGAGAUGAAGAAGCAGGGAAAAAGGGAGAAGGCACACAAACUUCUUAUCCAUGCACUCAACAUGAACCCAGACUUUGUGGAUGCCCUUACCGAGCUAGGCACCAUCCUUGAGGAGGAGAAGGAUGUGGUUCAGGCCGAGCACCUGUACAGCAGAGCGCUUGCCCUUUCACCCUGCCACCAGAGGGCACUGGUGAGCCGUGAUCGCACACUUCCCCUUGUGGAGGAAAUUGAUCAGCGUUACUUUGGCAUCAUCGAUGACAAAGUGCAACGUCUUAUGGCCAUUCCAAAAGGCAAUUCUGCUCUUCGUCGGAUCCUGGAGGAGACUUAUUAUCACCAUAUUUACCAUACGGUGGCCAUCGAGGGCAACACACUGACUCUGUCCGAGAUCCGGCACAUUAUUGAAACGCGCUACGCCGUGCCAGGAAAGAGCCUGCAUGAGCAGAACGAAGCCAUUGGUGUUGAUGCCGCCAUGAAGUACAUCAACACUACGUUACUGUCACGCCCUGGGGCCAUCACAGUCAACGAUAUCCUGGAGAUCCAUCGGCGAGUGCUGGGAUACACUGAUCCAGUGGAAGGGGGGCGAUUCAGGACUAAUCAAGUGUUUGUAGGUCAUCACAUUCCACCGCAUCCGAACGAUGUGGAGCGGCACAUGCAGGAGCUAGUACAGUGGCUUAAUUCGGAUGAAGCGCUGCACCUUCACCCGGUGGAAUUUGCUGCUCUGGCGCACUACAAACUCGUCUAUAUACACCCGUUCAUAGAUGGGAAUGGAAGGACAUCAAGGCUGUUGAUGAACCUAGUGCUGAUGCAGGCGAAUUAUCCACCAAUCACCAUCCGGAAAGAGCAAAGGGCUGAGUAUUACGCCGCCUUGGACACAGCUAAUGAGGGUGACGUUCGGCCGUUCAUUCGAUUUAUUGCCAAGUGUACGGAAAUCACACUAGACACGCUGCUCAUAGCUACAGCAGAACAUGCAGUGGGUUUACCUGAUGCUAGCAAUCAGGCUUGUCCUAACUGUAAACAGACUAUACCAGUGCAUAACUGAAGUGAUUUAUGAUAAGACCGUGUUAUGAAUCACGAAUGACCGUUGGUCACUUUCAGACUCGGGGUCUGCUCGAUAGUCAUCAUUAUGACAAUGCUUUCAUGAAACUGGUCUUUCCUCAUUACAGGUUGAUGGAGAUCCAACAAAUUAGCACGAGUCAUCUGAUGAGAGCAUCUUAAUUUAACCAGUUUAGUGGAAAUAAAGGUCCAUUUAAUUUCAUGAUCAUUUGAUGCACGAAUCAAAUCUUGCAUAAUUUAUUACAAUAGUCGGAAAUGUACGUAUAGGUUAGUUAUUUUUUGCUGACAGAUAAAUGAUUUCAGAAAUACCUUUUUAACAAAAGGUUUGCUCUUGUUUGAUGUACAUUUUCUAGUUCUCUGGAGGAAAUCAAAUGCUUUUAAUUCUGCUUCAAAGAAAAAUAUUAGAUACAAAUGGUUAACGUAGAACGCCAAUUCAUUGCUUGUGUUCUAUUUAAGCUAUUACGUUCCAUUUUCCCCAUUUUGUGGUUUCAUGCUAGUUCCUGUUUUCCACUCGUAGCAGCUAAUGUGUAACCCCCCCCCAUCAGAGUGGUUUGGGAAUGCUUAAAAUUGAUCAGUGUUUUCUGCAAGUGUUCUUGAUAACUGAGGUGAUUUGGGCUAUAACGGCUAGUAAUCAGGUAUGCUAACAUACUAAACAUGUUAGCUAUUUAGCAGUGUUUACCUGAAUUUAGGGUUGGUUCCUUUAAAUUCAAAAAACUAUUUUUGGAUUAAGUUGACUUAGCAAAAUUCUACAGUUUGAGGUCAUUAUUUUAUCAUUUUUAUUUGUUACCAGUAGUCAUUCUUAUGAGUGCUAGCUGUAGCACGCCACACACCUUUUGCACAUCUUAAUGGCGUCAGAACUAAAAUGUAAUUUUAGAAAAGAAAGCAAAUCAGAAGCACCACCACCAUUUUUUUUUAAAGUAUCCCAAUGUUGCUAAUACAGAAUUAAAGCUAGUAAGCUACAUUUUUCUCAUUGUGAAAAGUGCCAUUUCAAUAUUCCUUCAGACCUGACCGAGGGGAGCAAUGAGGAAUAUUUUUGCUUUUUUUUUUUGUAAGAUUACAUUUAGUUCUCAGGACAAUAUUAAGCACAGUACCACUUUGUGCCUCAUGUUGGAGGUUUGCACCAAGAAGCACUUUAUAGUUCAGGAAUGACGUUAUUCCUUAUUUAUUUUACUGAAUUGUGAAGUUAUCACUGUGUGUGAAAGAAUUAUUAAAUUAUUGAGAUCAGCA